AAAUAUCAAAAUUGGCUUGUAGAUAUCAAACCAUACCAAAAAAACCCGAAUGGCAACUAAAUUGUGCAGUUUGACACCAACACUUUGUUUCUCUACCACCACUUCCAUCAACACCAGAACCACUUCAUCAUGUUUACCAAACACAAAAUCAAAAACAACAAUCAAAAUCUACCCUUUUCAAUUUCAACAAAUAGGCAAAACUCCAUUAAUUCCUGCUGUUCGAGCUUCUUCUGGGCCCAAUUCCUCUGAACCCGAUUUUCAGGAAGACUUGACCUACUUGUUGAAGAUAACUGCUGGUUCUAUUUUGGGUGCAGCCUUGAUUAAGUACGGCAGUGCCAUUAUCCCCGAUAUCACCAGACCCAACAUAACUCAGGCUCUGCUCAUGAUUUCAUCUCCUGUAGUAAUAGCUGUUUUGCUUUUAUUCAACGGAAGUCGUAAAGAAUGAUCCCUCGUUGUGUUUAGUGUUAACAUCAUGUUGCAUCAAUAGACUUUUUAAAUUUUUUAUUUCUAGCAAAAUUGUGUAAUUUGAUCAGCGCUCAUUACAAUGGUUUAAACGCAAACUGCAAAUCUCAAUUAUAAUUUCCGAAAACUAGAAGAUUCUACUCC